AUGAGUGCACCGACAAAAACCCUCCAACCGUGCAUCCCAUUGCCGUUGGGUGAAGCUCAGCUGCUAGAUUUGGUGGAAAAGGCGAAAGAUUGGGCCAUCAUGCACGGGGCAGCGAUGCGGUCCAAGCAAGAUUUUAACCCGGAUGCACUACUGUUCGCACCGUUCAUUCUAACACCAUCCUCCUUCCCGCGGAAAGAGUUCCUGAAGGCGGUGAAUCUGCAGCCGCUACUGAACGAGCUGAUUCAUGCCGUCGCCCACGAUAGCCAGUUUCUGCUGAGUACGCUCAGCUCCACGGAGAAGGUCGAUGAAUUCACCCGCUCGCUGAUCACCAUCUACCGGACGGUGCUGUCCGAGGGUAUUGCACAGCCCGUCAGUUUAGGGCUGUUGCGUUCGGACUUGAUGCUGGAGACGCGGUGUGACGACGAAUGCAGCGAGCGGACGCGCGCCUUUAACGCAUACUGCUGCUGGAAACAGGUGGAAAUCAACACGAUCGCCUCGGGUUUCGGUCAUCUCGGGCCCUCAAGCAAAUAUUUACAAAGCUAUGUAUUGACGGAACUCGGACAACAAGAAAAGCUGGUUAAUUUGCCGGAAAACAACGCCCUGUCCGGACUGUGCGAUGCGAUGGUUGAGGCGUGGAAGUUACAGGCCCGUCCGUCGGCCGCCAUCCUGUUUAUCGUGGAGGACGUCACGUACAACAUCUGCGAUCAGCGCUUUCACGAGUUCUACAUCCGUGAGACGUACCCGCACGUAGCUGUUAUUCGGCGUACGCUAACACAGAUCAGUCAGACUGGGAGCCUUGGCUCUAGGAAGGAGCUGCUGAUCGGCGGUACCGAAGUGAGUGUCGUGUACUUCCGGGCCGGGUACGAACCGGGCCACUACCACGGCCAGUCCGAGUGGGACGCCCGGUUGUUGAUUGAGCGUUCGCUUGCCAUCAAGUGCCCUUCGAUCCAGUACCAUCUGGCCGGUACGAAGAAGGUCCAGCAGGCGCUUGCGAAACCGGACGUGUUGCGUCGCUUCGUGUGUGACGAGACAAAGAUUGAGGCGAUCCGGGACAUUUUUACCGGACUGUACUCGCUCGACCAGGACGAGGGCGGCGAUGAGGCGGUACAGCUCGCGCUGGCCGACCCGGAGCGGUUCGUGCUGAAGCCGCAGCGCGAAGGAGGAGGUAACAACGUGUACGGUGCAGACAUUCCGGUAGCGCUGAAGGCGAUGAGUAACGAUGAACGGUCCGCUUGGAUACUGAUGGAGCGCAUCUUUCCACCGCUGUCGACCGGGUACAUGAUCCGACCGAAUGGGCCAUCACCACCAACAAUGGUCCAGCUCGUAUCGGAACUGGGCAUCUUCGGUACCAUUAUCGGCUCGAAGGAGAGCGUGCUGUACAACAAGCAAGUAGGACAUAUGCUGCGCACGAAGUUGUCUUCAUCGAAUGAGGGAGGCGUCGCGGCAGGAUCGGGUGCACUGGACAGUCCGUAUCUUAUCGAUUAA